UCUCUGGAAAGGACCAAUGGGAUUCCAGUGGAUUAGCCUGUUUAUAAAGGCAUAAGGAAACAAUGUGCUUUGGCAAUCGGCAUAUAAUACUGUACAAAUCGAGAGCAGUUAUAGGAGCUAUACAAGUAAUCGAGAAGGCAGAGUUUAGUGAAUUUUGCAAUAGAAGUAACGUGUUUCAACUUGUCAGUUAUAAUUCACACAGUUUAAAGUACCGGUAAGUUUAAUAUAGUAUCUUCAUUUGACAGUUUAAGAUCAUGGAUCACGCGAAACAAACGCAGUCUGAAAAACCACCUGCCUAUUCUACAGACUCUGUCAACGGACAUGUGGAGGAGAGAGCGCCGGUUCUGAAGUCGCCCAACCGGACCGGUGGUCCGCAGGUAGUGCCCGGUGAGGAGACGAGAUCGCACACGUCGGCUGUCAUGGAGAGCUGGAAAGAGGAACGCACUCGGAGCAUAGAGGAUAACGAGAUGAACCUGCCCGGCAUCGCCGCAGCGUACACAUCUAUCCUUAGGGGUCUGGGAGAAGACCCACUCCGACAAGGGCUUCUGAAAACCCCGCGGAGAGCCGCCACCGCCAUGCAGUUCUUCACCAAGGGCUACCAGGAGAAAAUAUCAGAUGUGCUGAACAACGCUAUCUUUGACGAGGACCAUGACGAGAUGGUGAUUGUGAAAGACAUCGACAUGUUCUCGAUGUGUGAGCACCACCUGGUGCCCUUCAUUGGCAAGGUGUCCAUUGGUUAUUUGCCCAACAAAAAGGUGAUAGGCGUCAGCAAGCUGGCCAGAAUCGUUGAAAUCUAUAGCAGAAGAUUACAAGUCCAGGAGAGGCUGACGAAGCAGAUCGCCGUCGCCAUCACAGAGUCUCUGCAGCCGUCUGGAGUGGGUGUCGUGAUCGAGGCCAGUCACAUGUGCAUGGUGAUGCGUGGUGUGCAGAAGAUGAACAGCAAGACUGUGACCAGCACCAUGCUGGGUGUGUUCAGGGAGGACCCCAAAACCAGAGAGGAGUUCCUGAAACUGAUCAAGGACUGAGCGCCACCUCCCCCCCCCCCCCCCCCCCUGCUGCCCCCACCCCCAACGCUACUGCCAAACAUCCCGCCUGAAAACAACGAGCCGCUGAGCAGUGCAAUUAGAGCCUAACCCAGACCAGCCUGCCGAGCGGUGCAGGAGAGUCUGUUUAGUGUACUUUAGUGCAAACCACCAGGGAGGUUUUUACUUCAAUGAUAAAAGCAGUGUGUCAGUAUUUCGUUCUAUCACUGUUUAGGUCAUUACCACAUGCCCCCUUGUUGCAACAGUUGCUGUUGAAAGUCAAUCCCACGCCUCUGCCAGUCAAUGGCGCUUCUUUGGAGGAGGUACUUUUAACAGCAGUUGUGUUUUAAAUGCUCGUCAUCUAGAUCAUCCCAUAGCUGCCACCAAACUGAACUUGAAAGCCAGGCAGAGAGAAGCGCUCUUGACAAGAGGUUCAGAAGUGUGAGGUGUAUCUGUAUUAACUGGACGAUCCGUCCCUACCAAAGUAGUGUGGAUUUUUCUGUAGACCAGCCUAUAGAAACAGUAAUAAUUCUGUAGGGGCUGUACAAUCUGUUAUUUCAUUGUUUUUAAUGUUGUUAUAUUGGAAUGUUUACAGUAAGCGUAUGAAGUGUAGUGAAAAAAAAAAACUAUUUAAGAAAAAUUAAUUUGGGACCAAAUCCUUUGACGUGCUGCGGAUGUGUGUGACAAAAACAAAAUGUGGUCUGAAUUCUUCCUUUUGUAAAAAACAGAGUCUUGUCUUUGUACAAUUAACCAGCGGACUGUACUCCUCUCCCUGUUUGUAAAUUGGGAUAUCCAGACUGCUGUGCUCAUCUCGUGCAAUCUUUGCUGUAGAAACGGUUUACGUUUGUUUUAUUAUUUUCUUGUCUCGGGGCAUUGAUGCUUCUUUCUGUGACAUAAGGAUCCUCUCAGGCGAGGGCUUGUUUACAAUGUGACGUGCAGAGUCCAAGAAGACUCUAAGAAGAGCAGUUUGGGUUGGGAGGGGCGUGUGGGAGGGGUACAGCUACACCUACCUGGCCUUGCAUUGAGGGGGGGCUCUGGGGACGAGCAUCCCUCUCCACUCUCACCAUUUGAAUUCUUAACAGAGUUUAUUGAUGUUUAUGUGUAUUUUAUAGUCUUUAAAAAAUGAAUAAAUUAAUUAAUAAAUAUAUUUAUAUUAUAUAUGUAAAA